AUGAAGGGCUUUGCAUGUGAUAGCCAUGACCUUGAGCAGCAGCGCCCCAAGCUCUUGACGGAGUCCCGAAGGGUCAGCUGCGCCCCAUCAAACGUGGGACUCGCGACGUCUUCCCAACCAGCAUCGCCUCCGUCUCGUCUGGGCUCAGUUUUGAUUUGUUUGCGCUCAGCCACUGAACCGCAGCAGUCGGGCAGUGGCCCAGGAGGGCCUUCGGGGUCGAGGGAGACCCGGCCGGGUGUGGCGGGCGGAGAGCGCCGCUUGCCGUUGCCUUCCUUGGAGGCUCUCCUGGGCUCCGCCGCUGCAGGCGGGCGGCCUCCGGCUCCACGGCGAGGGGCGAGUUCGCCCGAAGGCUUCGCGCGGCGGCUGAACCACGCGGGGAGAAGGCGGAGCCCUGCGGGACCCCCCCCCCCGAUCAGCCCCCCCCCCCGGGGCUGGAAUGGAUGGUCUCCAUGGCGACCCCUGGAGAACAGAGGAAGCGACAGAGGCGGCGGCGACCCCGCGGAGGGCGCGCCCGGCCUGGCCAGGGCGGGCGGCGCCUUCCUUCGCGGAGCCCCCCCGGCCCGGCCCGGCCCGGCGCUGCUCGAGGCGAGGCGAGUCGAGGCGAACCUCCAGCGGCCGUCGGGGGCGCGAAGCCGAGCCCGACGCUCUAGCCCGGCUGUCUCCGUGGCGGAAGCGGCUUCCCCGCCCCUUCCGAUGCCGUAA